UGAUUAAAUCGAGGAUGGAUUAAUAUAAAUUGUCCUCGAAAACAACGAUAGAAUUGGUUAAUCAGUAGUUAUUACAGCUUCCUGAUAUUAUCAGCAGCUUCAAUUCCGACAAAUUAUAAAGAUCCAUCAAUCCAAUUCAAUCCAAAAACAAUGACAGGAAAGCAGCAGCAGAGACGAUUUGAAGGUAAAGUAGCGAUUGUGACAGCUUCUACUCAGGGCAUCGGCUUCGCAAUCGCUCGUCGCCUUGCCUUGGAAGGGGCUUCCGUCGUAAUUUCUUCUCGGAGACAGAAAAACGUAGAUGAAGCUGUGGACAAACUCAAAGCAGAAGGCAUUCAAGUAACGGGUGUGGUUUGCCACGUCUCCAAUGCUCAACAAAGGAAGAAUCUUAUUCAACAAACUGUCCAGACAUAUGGAAAAAUCGACGUGGUUGUCUCGAAUGCUGCUGCCAAUCCAUCUGCUGUGACUAUUUUGGAGACCAAAGAAUCUGUUCUUGACAAGCUCUGGGAAAUUAAUGUCAAAGCCUCUAUCCUACUUAUACAGGAUGUGGCUCCUUACUUGCGGAAGGAUUCUUCCGUUAUUCUUAUUUCAUCUAUCAGCGCCUUCAGUCCUCCUGCUUCGCUUGCUAUGUAUGGGGUGACAAAGACUGCUCUUCUUGGGCUUACUAAGGCUCUUGCAUCUGAAAUGGGACCGGAUACUCGUGUAAAUUGUGUAGCUCCUGGAUUUGUACCAACACACUUUGCUGAUUUCAUCACAAAAAGUGAUGCCAUUAGGAAAUCGAUCGAGGAGCAAACCUUUCUGAACAGACUUGGUACUACAGAAGACAUGGCGUCUGCAGCUGUGUUUCUGGCAUCUAAUGAAGCUUCAUAUAUUACAGGAGAAACUUUAGUGGUUGCUGGAGGGAUGCCCUCAAGACUUUAGUUCCCCAUCUUUACUUUUUACUCUCAACUUCCAGUGGAUUAGUUUAGUACAAAUAUUAAUAAUGGCAAUACCUUUUUCUUACAAUACUGGAGAGGGCUUACUCAGGACUCGUGUCAACUCUGGAGAGUCUGUCAAGUCCUAAGUUGAAUAAAUUAUUGAUAUAAAUAUGAAUAAUUAUUUCUACCUAA